UCCGAGUCUGUUUUGGCCACCGGGAGCACUAGGAGCGCGCUGCGCGCACCGCGGCGUCCCUGGAUACCAGCGACGCACUCUGCCGGUGUGGCUCCUCCACCACCGACGAGGAGCUACUGAAAUAGGGACACCGCGGGGCAAAGGGGCUCUUGAACCGUUUUGCGCCCAACAAAUGCCCGCAUGACGACGACGGCGAGGAUGGUGGACUUGAUGACGCGUAUUGGAGCCGAGCAGGGAGGACUCAUUCUGCACCAUGAAUGACAGGUACCACAAGGCGGCCCGGGACGGCUACCUGGACCUGCUCAAGGAGGCGACUCGGAAGGAUCUCAACGCACCGGAUGAGGAUGGCAUGACACCGACAUUAUGGGCUGCUUAUCACGGCAACCUGGAGGCUCUGCGGCUCAUCGUGGCGAGGGGAGGAAACCCUGACAAGUGUGACAUAUGGGGGAACACGCCACUCCACUUGGCGGCCGCCAACGGUCACCUCAACUGCCUCUUCUUCCUCGUGUCUUUUGGUGCCAACAUAUGGUGCCUGGACAACGACUACCACACGCCGUUGGACAUGUCCGCCACAAAGAAUCACAUGGAAUGCGUCCGCUACCUGGAUUCCAUCGCGGCCAAGCAGACGGGCCUCAACCCCAAGCUGGUGAGCAAGCUGAAGGGUCGGGCGUUUCGUGAGGCCGAGCGGCGAAUCAAAGAGUGCAUGAAGAUGCAGAAGAAACACCACAAACGCAUGGAGCAAAAGUUUCACAGGGAGGCUUCUGAGGCCUCUGCAUCUGACGUCAUGAGUUUCUCCAGCUACACCGGCAGCUCUGUUAGCCAUAAGUUGCGCAACUUCAAUGCUGCUACUGUCAGUGUGCCAUAUUCACAGGCUACUCUCCAUGCCACAAAUCGAGGGAAGACAAAGAUCCAGAAGAAGCUGGAGAAGAGGAAACAAGGAGAUGGGACUUUUAAAAUCUACGAGGACGGAAGGAAGAGUGUGCGCUCCCUCUCUGGACUUCAGCUUGGCAACGAUGUCAUGUUUGUCAAACAGGGGACGUACGUGAACCCAAAGGACCGGGGCCGCCGCAACAUCCGCGACAUGUUCUCCAGAGACAGCGACGAUGCCAUUUCGCGUGCCAUGAGCGAGCCCAAUCUCCAUGGGCCUGAUAUGGACUAUUCUGAGAUCAGCACUGACUCUGGACAUGAUUCCCUGUUCAACCGUCCUGGUUUGGGCACCAUGGUGUUUAGGAGGAAUUAUUUGAGUGGGGGGAUGUUUGACCUUGGUGGUCGGGACGAGGCCAGUGGAGAGAUGCCAGUGAGAUUACGCAGUCGACUACAGCAGUAUCCGAGUCAAGACCAAGAUAGCAUUGGCAGCGCACGCAGCCUACAGGAGAGGAACGUAGAGGAUCUGCCCUGGGAUGAAGUCGAGUUAGGGCUGGAUGAUGAUGAUGAGCCUGAAACGAGCUCUCUGGAAGUCUUCCUGGCCACACAGAGCAUGAGCGAGUUUUAUUCAAUAUAUAAAAGAGAGAAAAUUGACCUGGAAGCAUUGCUUCUGUGCUCUGACUUUGAUCUUAAGAGCAUCCACAUCCCCUUAGGGCCGAGGAAAAAAAUCUUGGAUGCCUGUAAGAGGCGGCUGGAGACGAUAGAGGACCCCGACUGUAUCGAGGACACAGAAUUGUGACUGCUGAGGUGGACAGACGUAAGGAAGGUAUCUUAGCAAUGACGUAUUGUUUAAUAGGUUGUCUCUGGAAACUCCAGCACAUUGGAUUUGAUAUUAAACAAAAUAUACAGUGGAGUGCCAACUUUCAACGUGACCUUGAGUCUGCAUGGAGUUUUCUAUAGAGGGGGAACCUCCAUGAACAUAUUCACAAUAAAUAUAUCAAGUGGGCUUGCCCGUCAAUACAUUGCUCCUUAGCACUCCCAGUGUUCAGAUCUUUAACUUGUGCCUACGUUUGCAGUCAGUAUCUCGUGUCAUUGACCCACAUUAUCAGGAAAACACAGCUCUGCCGGGCAUCUGCAGUUAUCAAGGAAACACAUGCUCAUUUUGUAUUCAGGUCAGAUGACGUUUCCCAGUACGGAACAAUGGUCCUUUACUCAUUACUCAGACAGAAUAGAUAGUAAACAUUCAAGCUAUUAGCAUCACAAUCUCGUGGUAGCUGAUUUUCAAUGCAGCGCUCUGGAGUUGUGUUCAAAAAAGAAGAAGAUAAAACUGUGCAGAUGUGUCUACUAAGUGCAGUGAACAUGGUGCAGUGUUGAGAGAAUGUGUUGGGAGUGUGUUCACCUCUCGUUUUCAUAAGUGACAGUGGCUGUGGAUGGUCCUCGAGCCUUAAAGUGGACAGUCAGUGGACCACUGUAGCUCAGUGGUAAUAAAGCAACAGAAAAAGGAUACAGUCAACAUGAACAUGUUGGUUGAUUGGAGAUCCCCGUGCUGCAUGGUUUAACAAUCUGAAAGACUAUUAUAGAGUGUAGUGCUCUACUGUUUCAUUGUAUGCCAUGUGGCAUAGUUAACAAAGAGUCAAUUGUGGGGUCUGUGUCCCCGUAAAUGUGUUUGCCCCUGUGGGGUAAAAUCCUACCAUCUUAUGUGCCUGCAUUGCUUGUGCCUGUGCAUACAAGUGUCUUUUUGUCUCCAAAUAAAUCUAUGACAUUAGCUUCACUGUAAUUUUUAGUAUUUACUUUUCAUCCAGAGCCACUCGGCUGUUGCCGGUGUAUUGCGUUGCCAGUCCUCACUUGCACUGCAGGCCAGAUUUGUUGAUUUUUAUUACACAAUUUAUUUUGUUAGUCUUCCAAUUUUUUAUGUAGUUUGUCAAAAUAACAUAAUUUUACACUUGACCAUACAGUGACAUGUGCUGUCUUUUUUUUUGAUUCUAUAUACAAAUACGAAUAUUUUAAUGCUGUAAUUUAGAAAUCCAUUUAAUUUCCUCUCUUUACUGAACCCUACCUGCUAUAUUUCAUCUGCACAGACACUCAAAAUGAAGAGUGAAAUGUGCCUUUUAAAUAGUAUAAUGCUGACAUGUAAAUUAAACCCACAUUUUUAAUGAAUAGAAACUUUAGAUGCUAAAUAAAUUAGAAGAAAUUACAAAAUAAAGCUGUAUAUACAUCAUUAUUUGUAUAGAUGUAUGGGAUUCUGCUGAGAAAGUUUGG